CUAACCAUCGCCAAAUCUCCUGGAAAGGGAGACUUCAUAGUUUCCAAGACUCCAAGACUGUGGUCUUUCCCCGUCCUGUCUUCGCCUCUCUUCAACUUGCACGCGCGUCACCCAAGAUUCCCGAGAGGCCGACAGUCCGUUCCUCGCCCCAGCGCUAUUGCAUGACCGCCUGCAGCAUCGUCCCAAGGCCCGUCUCCAACGUCAGAGCUGGCUGCAAGGACCGCCUGGGAUCGACCGCGGGCCACACGCUCCCAUACUGUGCCUCCUUUCCAACACCAUCAACGAGCUGCAUCCUUUAGCAUAGCAAACCUUUGAGCGUUCCGAUUGACCCCUGAAACUACCUUGAUAUCCUCAACACGCCCAUACCAACGCCAAUGGCGGCAGAAGGGCCCCAACCACCCCAAAAUGUCCAUCAAUACGCAAGCGACGUCGACGAUGCCGACGUUGAGGAGACCGCCGACGAGUCAACCCCGCGCCCAUCUAAUGGCGCCUUUGGGAAGAAGAAGCGCCGCCUGCCGAGGCGCAUAGGGCAGUUCUCCGGCUCGGUUCCUUCCACACCCAAGACGCGCACGAGUUCUCCCAGCGCCCGCCGCUUCCCGUCCCUGCCACGUCGCUCGACAAUGCCAGACCCUCGCGACCGUGGUGCUGUGUCAGAAUCCGAGGCACGCGAACUGUCUAGGCCCCCCGCCCUACGGGGUCACUCACACCUGGGUCGAUCAGUCGAUGCGGAGGAAGCAGAUGACGUCGUGGGCACCCCCCGAAGAAGCCAUUUUCGUGGAAUGAGCGUCUUCACAGGUGGAGGCAUGUCAGAUGGAGAUGCAUUGCAGACACCCCGGCGGCCACGCUUCGGAGGGGAGCGAUACUCAACGUUCGGCGGUCACAGAUGGAAACAAGUUAAGAAUACUCUGGGUCUUCUGCGGCACAGAAAAGGCGAGCGCAUCGACUACCUCAAGUCUACUGAACUCAUGGGUGAGCUCCGAGCUGGUGCGCCGGCCGUGGUCAUGUUUGCAAGCAUGCUCCAGCGUGACGAACACGGCCACAAGAAGAUCCCCGUGCUUCUGGAGCAAGUCCGCGUGAACAUCAGCGACAGCGUGGUUCGAGGCGAUAGCGAGCGACACACCCUGUUCACCAUCCAUCUCGAGUAUGGCAAUGGGCCAAACCGAAUGGUAUGGACAGUCAAGAAGAGCAUCGGGGACAUCGUGCGCAUGCAUCUCAAGUACAAGGGCAGCGUCACCACCGAAAGACUGAAGCGUCCUGGAGCCCGCGUAGGACCAAAGCAACCCAAGUUCCCAGCCAAGGCCUUUCCCUACUUGCGGAGUAUCAAAGCAAUGGAUUUCAGUGAAGAAGAAGACGAGAGCCGCCCUACUGAGGCGCCUGACGCUGUGGCACCCGGCGAAAUGACGGCCGGUGAGGCCACAGCCGGCGAGAUGACUGCUGCCGAGGGCACGGGUACCGAGGCGGAGGGCCGUUCCGGGAAGAGACGCAAGGGCUCACGCAUGAAUGUCCUCAGUCCAAGGCGCAAUACUUCAAUGCCUGAGGAUGGUACUGGUGCCGGGGCCGACGCCCAGGACCAGGCUACCAAGGACGCCGAUGAUGCAAAGCGCAAAUAUGUCACAUUCCAGCGACGGUCAUUGGAGAAGUAUCUUCGAGAAAUGAUACGCUGGCUCAUGUUCAGGCCAGACAGCAACCGCCUCUGUCGUUUCUUUGAACUGUCCGCGCUGGGCGUGCGUCUCGCGGCUGAGGGCGGCUAUCACGGGAAAGAAGGCUUCAUGCAGAUUAGGCCGGCUAAUGGCAUCGCCAACCCGGCCAAGUCUGUUACCCGAAGAGAUCGCAAGUGGUUCCUGAUUCGACAGAGCUACAUAGCGUGUGUUGACUCUCCAGAGAGCAUCGAUAUCUGUGAUGUUGUCCUCGUCGACUUCAAAUUUGAGAUUAUUGCCAAGAAGAAAGGCCUCAAGCAGGUGGGGCGAAAGGGCUCCAAGAAGGUCAAGUCUGACCAGGAGGGACCGGAUGUCGCUGACGGGGAUGAUUUCCUCGACGAUCCCCAAUCCUCCAAGAAAAGCCACCACCAUAAAUUGACCAUCAUCAACUCUGAGCGAAAGGUCAAACUGUAUGCCCAGCAGCACGACCUGCCGCAGUUCGAGGACUCCAUCAAGCUCAUGAAGCAGAACUCACCCUGGGCAUCGGACAAGAUUCGAUUUGCCAGCUUUGCGCCCGUUCGACAAAAUGUGUAUGCCCAGUGGCUUGUUGACGGCCGUGAUUACAUGUGGAAUGUCUCGCGGGCUAUCUCUAUGGCGAAGGAUGUGAUCUAUAUCCACGACUGGUGGCUGAGCCCGGAGAUAUACAUGCGAAGGCCACCUUGCAUCAGUCAGCGAUGGCGUCUUGACCGGCUGCUCCAGUCGAAGGCGCAAGAAGGCGUGAAGAUCUUCGUGAUCGUAUACCGCAACGUCGAGGCCGCCGUUCCUAUCAACUCAGAGUACACGAAGAGGUCCUUGCUCAACUUGCACCCGAACAUUUUUGUGCAGAGAUCACCAAACCAGUACAAGAAGAACCAGUAUUUCUUUGCCCACCACGAGAAGAUCUGCAUUGUCGAUCACUACAUCGCGUUUGUCGGAGGUAUCGAUCUGUGUUUCGGUAGAUGGGAUACCCCCCAGCACAAACUUACGGACGACAAACCGACAGGCUUUGAGCCGGAUGAAGUGCAGAACGUUCCCCGGGAUGCUGAACAUGUUCAAAUGUUCCCAGGCAAGGACUACACCAACCCGAGGGUGCAGGACUUCUUCAACCUGGAUCGGCCCUAUGAAGAGAUGUAUGACCGAUCGAAGAUCCCUCGCAUGCCGUGGCACGACAUCUCAAUGCAAGUCGUCGGACAACCCGCCCGUGACCUGACGAGGCAUUUCGUUCAGCGUUGGAAUUAUCUCCGUCGCGGGAGAAAGCCAACACGGCCUUUGCCUUACUUGCUCCCACCCCCUGACUUCCGUCACGAAGACCUGGAAGCCAUGGGACUCACGGGAACAUGCGAGGUCCAAAUUCUUCGAUCUGCAUCAACCUGGUCCUUGGGAAUACAACACACUGAAUGCAGUAUCCAGAACGCGUAUCUCCAAAUGAUUGAAAAAUCUGAGCAUUUUGUUUACAUCGAGAACCAGUUUUUCGUCUCAAGCACAGAGGCGCUCGGCGUGCCAAUAGUCAACAAUAUCGGUGAUGCCCUUGUGGACCGCAUCAAGCGCGCCUACGAAAACGACGAAGACUGGAAGGCUGUCAUACUUAUUCCCCUAAUGCCCGGUUUCCAGAACACAGUGGCUGAGAAGGAGGGUACCAGCGUCCGACUCAUCAUGGAGUGUCAAUACCGAAGCAUCUGUCGCGGGGAGUCCUCCAUAUUUGGCAGACUGCGAGCUGCCGGCAUUGAGCCUGAAGAUUACAUUCAGUUCUUUAGUCUGCGGCAAUGGGGGGAGAUUGGCCCCAAUAAGAUGCAUGUCACCGAGCAGCUCUACAUUCACGCCAAGCUUAUCAUUGUUGAUGACCGUGUGGCUUUGAUAGGCUCGGCCAACAUCAACGAACGAUCCUUGUUGGGCUCCCGUGACUCUGAGUGUGCUGCGGUCGUCAGGGAUACUGACCUAAUAUGGUCGACUAUGGGAGGGAAGCCUUUCCAGGUCGGCCGCUUUGCACACACGCUGCGUAUGCGGCUCAUGAGGGAACACGUUGGCCUCCCCGUGGAUGAAAUCAUUGAAGAGGAAAGAAACGCAGAUAUGGAGAACGAGGAGGCCUUCCAGUCUGAUAUGGAUCGAAUCUACCACAGCGACUCGGAUGGCUCAGAAACUUCAAGGCGGACAGGUGCUAACGGGGACUUGGACGUACCGCGUCCUCCAAUCGAGCGAGGGCACAGUAUCAAUCAUGACGUCGAUCUCCAGCGAAUGGACAACAGCGAUCAGUCAUCCUCCAAGUCUUCCAACUCUGACUCGAAUAUCGUCGAAGCAGAAAGCGUGGAUGCACCCGCCGACCCCAAAAAGAAGACCGAGGUUGAGGGCUUUGGUCCUGAUCGUUGGAAGGAGGCACAGGAGAAGGGUCUAGAUCAGGGCAGGGAUACCGUUGUCAUUGGCGGGCGAGAAUACCUUGCCCGUGAUAUCUCAGCCGAGGGCAAGGGAACCAUCGAGAGCCCAGCUCCUAGCCAGAAAUCUGAGAGCCCACGGCCUGCUGCGACGGCUUCGGCCGGAGAAGGUCCCAGCAGGGCUGUGAUGCCUCCGCUGGACCGUCGAAAUACCGACCAGCUAGGGCUCCCUAGGGCCAAUCAGCUCCCUGACCUCCCACAGAGUGACGACACGGAUAUUGGCGGACCACCACUCCUCGACGCAGACGGAGAACCGAUCUUGUCUGUGUCGCACCCUCUGGCCGCUGAGAUCAAGCCUGCUGUCCUGGACAAGGAUUGUAUGCGUGAUCCGUUAGAUGCGGCCUUCUACGAUGAUGUUUGGUGCCGGAUUGCGGAGAACAACACCAAAAUCUAUAGGCAGGUAUUCCACUGCAUGCCAGACAACGAGGUGAGAGAAUGGGAUCAGUACACGGAGUACAUUGACCACCAGAAACGAUUGCAGGUGGCACAAGAAGGACCUCACGAGGCACAGAAGAGCGAGCAUGGCGAUGCAGUUGACCCCGGCGGAUCUGAAAAGCCGCCGCCGGAAGCCGUGUCUGGCGGAGCUGGCAUAUCGGCACCGGGCCCAGCGCUUCCCGCAACCCGCUCGUUCUCUAGCAAGUUUCCCGGUAAAGGCAGCGCUGGCAAGAACCUGCCUCCGCUGGCCGGCGGUCUCAAGAAGUCCCCGACGGAGAAUGAGUCACCGGCACACCGCCAUGCUCGACAGGACUCGAGACUUGACGUGGAAAGAGCGGCGGCGGCGGAGCGCGCCAUCAACUCACCCAUGGGCAGCCCUGCGUUCAGCCCGCCUGCCAACAGCCCAUUCGUUCCAGCGUCGGCGGCACCCGCAGACCCCGAGAAAGUGGCGGCAGCACGCGAGGACAGCAAUACGAAUGGCAGCACAUUGGCACCAUCGUCCAAGCUUGUCGUGCCAGAGGCCAGCAGGGAGACGACACCGGAAAAGCGGGACCGCCGUACCACCUUCAGCACUCCUGACAACACGCCAGGCAUGUCGGAGAAACCGCCAGGCAGUUCGGCCUCAACGACACCCGCCCCCGGGAUACAGGGCUCUGUGAAGCGGCGCAGACGCGCCAACACUAGAGGCAGCCGCCACAGGGCCCCUGUAGAAGAGCUUCUGACCAGAGAGCAGCGCGAGGGGCUGCUGGGAAUGACCCAAGGCCACCUCGUGGUGUUCCCGUACGACUGGCUUGUGGGCGCAGACGAGAAGGGCAACUGGCUUACACUGGUGGACCAGGCCGCUCCGUUGCAGAUCUAUAACUAAGACGGCUCCGGAUUGGAUUGUGGGCUCUGGCGGCGACACCAAAGAGAUAUAUCACAGGAGGUUGCUGGCUGGACUAGGCUCAAAGGCAAGGCAUGGCAUGGCUCGCUGCUGAAGCACCAUCUCGACCCUGGAAAACGGCAGGUCAUCAUCAUCAUCAUCAAGCAAUCGGCGUUCUGGUUUCGCGCAUUUGCAUAGACUUUUGCUCUGCUGCUGCAUUACGGGGCAUGAUAGCCCUACGUUCCUCUGUCUAAACAAGUCAUUGUUAGUCAUCUAGAUAUUCCAAAGGUAUUCAUCCACAAGUCUACA